CCCUGGAGGGAGCGUAUCUGGGCUGGGCAGCAGCGCUGUCCCUCGGGAGGAAUGUCCCUGCUCGCCCAGAUAAUGUUAUUUAUAUCAGCGGCUGGCUGGGCGGCACCGUUCCUCGCUCCCGGCACCGCACCGGCCCCUUGGGGCUCUGCCUCGCCCUUGUCCCGCCGCCGCUGCUGUCAGCCUAAACAGGAAGCUUUCCAUGAUAACUAAAACAAAACAACCAGAUCAUGACAUCAACCACAGAUUUUGAUCACUUGGAGAUUCAGCAGCAGUACAGCCGGAUCAACGCUCGCUGGGAAGCCUCUGAUGAUGAGCUGGACAAUGACAACAGUUCAGCCAGGCUCUUUGAAAGAUCUCGGAUCAAAGCUCUGGCAGAUGAGCGGGAAGCUGUACAGAAGAAAACCUUUACCAAAUGGGUGAACUCCCACCUCGCACGGGUAACCUGUCGCAUUUCUGAUCUCUAUAUGGAUCUCAGAGAUGGACGGAUGUUAAUCAAACUUCUUGAGGUUCUUUCGGGAGAGCUGCUGCCCAAGCCCACAAAGGGUCGCAUGCGAAUCCAUUGCUUAGAGAAUGUGGACAAGGCCCUGCAAUUCCUCAAGGAGCAGCGUGUGCAUCUGGAGAACAUGGGGUCUCAUGACAUUGUAGAUGGCAAUCACCGUCUGGUGCUAGGACUUAUCUGGACGAUCAUCCUGCGCUUCCAGAUACAAGACAUCAUUGUUCAGACUCAAGAAGGCCGAGAGACCCGUUCCGCAAAGGAUGCAUUGUUACUUUGGUGUCAAAUGAAAACUGCGGGCUAUCACCAUGUUAACGUCACCAAUUUCACCUCCAGCUGGAAGGAUGGCUUGGCUUUCAGUGCUCUUAUUCACAAGCACAGGCCUGACCUGAUUGACUUUGAGAAACUGAAGCACUCAAAUGCCAGGCACAACUUGGAGCAUGCUUUCAGUGUUGCAGAAAGGCAACUUGGCAUCACCCAACUUCUUGAUCCAGAAGAUGUCUUCACUGAGAAUCCUGAUGAGAAAUCCAUUAUCACUUAUGUUGUUGCCUUCUACCACUACUUUUCCAAGAUGAAGGUGCUAGCAGUGGAAGGGAAGAGAGUUGGAAAGGUAAUGGACCAUGCAAUGGAAACUGAGAAGAUGAUCGAUAAGUACGGCGGGCUGGCUUCAGACCUGCUAACAUGGAUAGAACAGACUAUUACCCUUAUCAACAGCCGCAAGUUUGCGAAUUCUCUGGCAGGUGUGCAGCAGCAGCUCCAGUCCUUCAGCACAUAUCGCACAGUGGAAAAACCACCCAAGUUUCAGGAGAAGGGGAACCUGGAAGUCCUGCUGUUCACCAUCCAGUCAAGAAUGAGGGCCAACAACCAGAAAGUGUAUACUCCUCAUGAAGGCAAACUAGUAUCUGACAUCAACCGGGCCUGGGAGAAGCUGGAGAAGGCAGAGCAUGAACGGGAACUGGCACUGAGAAAUGAGCUUAUUAGGCAGGAGAAGCUGGAGCAGCUGGCCCGACGCUUUGAUCGCAAGGCAGCAAUGCGGGAGACGUGGCUUAGUGAAAACCAGCGGCUUGUUGCACAGGAUAACUUUGGGAAUGACUUGCCAGCUGUGGAAGCAGCAAAGAAAAAGCACGAAGCCAUUGAAACAGAUACAGCUGCCUACAAGGAACGUGUCCAGGCCAUCGAGGAUGUGGCCAAGGAGUUAGAGAUGGAGAACUACCAUGACAUCAAGCGCAUCAAUGCUCGCAAAGACAGCAUCCUACGGCUCUGGGAGUACCUGCAGGAGCUGCUACAAGCCCGUCGACAGAGGCUGGAGAUGAACCUUACACUGCAGAAGCUGUUCCAAGAUAUGUUGCAUAGCAUUGACUGGAUGGAUGAAAUGAAAGUUAAACUCUUAUCCCCUGAAUUUGGGAAGCAUCUGUUGGAAGUGGAAGACCUCCUUCAGAAGCACAGAUUGAUGGAGGCUGACAUGGCCAUCCAGGCUGAGAAGGUCCGUGCUGUCAGUAAAGCUGCCCUUAAAUUUGCCAAUGGAGAUGGUUAUCGGCCUUGUGACCCAAAGGUAAUAUGUGAUCGUGUGAACCACCUGGAAAUGUGCCACCAGGAGUUGAUGGCUUUGGCUGCAGAAAGGAAAGCUCGCCUGGAACAGUCUAAACGCCUUUGGAAGUUCUUUUGGGAACUAGAUGAAGCUGAAAGCUGGAUCAAGGAGAAAGAACAGAUUUAUUCCUCCCUAGAUUAUGGGAAAGACCUGACCAGCAUUCUCAUCCUGCAGAGGAAGCACAAGGCCUUUGAGGAUGAGUUGCGUGGCCUGGAAACCCACUUGCAACAGACCAUCAAAGAGGGAGAAACCAUGAUUGCUCAGAAGCAUUUUGGAGUGCCUAAAAUCCGCAGCAGGAUUGAGGAAGUGAAAGCUCUUUGGGCCCAACUGCAAGAACUGGCAGCUUUCCGCAAGAAGAAUUUGCAGGAUGCUGAGAGCUUCUUCCAGUUCCAGGUGGAUGCAGAUGACCUAAUGGCCUGGCUGCAGGAUGCCUAUCGCCUGGUAUCCAGUGAGGAUGUAGGGCACGAUGAAUAUUCCACUCAAGCCCUUGUGAAAAAGCACAGGGAUCUCAUAGAUGAAGUAGCAGAUAACAAGAGAGUCAUGGACAAUCUGACCAGGCAAGCCCAGAGUUUCCCCACUGAGUUUAGGGAUGUUCCAGGGUGUGAGAAUAGACUGAAGGCUAUCCAGGCAAUGUACAAUGAGGUUGUGUCCCUGGCAGAUCUGCGCAGGCAGAAGUUGCAGGAUGCCCUGGAUCUCUACACAGUUUUCAGUGAGACAGAUGCAUGUGAACUCUGGAUGAGUGAAAAGGAGAAGUGGUUGGAGCAAAUGGAGAUUCCUGAUACCCUGGAGGACCUGGAUGUUGUGCAGCAUAGAUUUGAUAUUUUGGAGCAGGAAAUGAAUAACCUGGCUACUCAAAUUGAAGGAGUCAACCAAGCUGCCAGUGGCCUAAUUGAAAGUGGACACCCACGCAGUGGAAAAGUGAGGCAGUGCCAAGAACAUCUGAAUGUUAGGUGGAAGGUCUUCCAGGAGAUGGUGGCUCAGAGACGGAAGGCUGUGGACUUUGCCCUUAGCCUUCACAAUUAUUGUGUAGACUGUGAGGAAACAAAGAAGUGGAUCCUUGAGAAAACCAAAGUGAUAGAAUCUACACAGGACCUAGGUAAAAAUCUGGCAGGUAUGAUUGCCAUGCAGAGAAAGUUAUACGGCAUUGAGCGUGACCUAGCAGCCAUCCAGGCCAGGCUUGCUGCUCUAAAAAAGGAAGCUCAUCGGCUUGCUGAAGAACACCCUGACUUAGCUGAUGAUAUCUACCGUCGGUUGGCAGCUGUCACUGGUGUCUGGCAGGAUCUGCAGGACACGUUGCAGAGCCAGGAGGCCUCUCUUGGAGAAGCUAGCAAGUUGCACAAGUUUUUGCAGGACUUGGAUGACUUCCAGGCAUGGCUCUUCAAGGCACAGAAGGGUGUAGCUUCAGAGGAGGUACCCAACUCCUUGGUGGAAGCUGAGCACCUCCUGCAGCAGCAUGCUGUUUUGAAAGAAGAGAUUGAUCAACACAAGGAAGAUUACAGCAACGUCAAGGAGAUAGGAGAGAGGGUGACUCAUGGGCAAACAGAUGUGGAGUACCAGCAGCUGGAGCAGAGGCUCCAGGGAAUGGAUACAGGCUGGAAUGCCUUGUGUAAAAUGUGGGAUAGCAAGGAGAAAUUCCUCAACCAGUGUUUGGGCUUCCAGGAAUUUCUUAAAGAUGCAAAACAAGCAGAAAUUAUCCUUACCAAUCAGGAAUAUACACUGGCUCACAUAGAGCCCCCAGACACCUUAGAAGCAUCAGAAGCUGCAAUCCGAAAAUAUGAAGAUUUCAUUGCUACCAUGGAAGCAAAUGAGGAAAAAAUUACUGGACUGGUGGGCAGCGGGAACAAACUUGUGGCUGAAGGAAAUAUUUACUCUGAUAAAAUAAGGGAAAAGGUUCAUCUGAUUCAAGAGAGAUACAGAACGAAUGUCACCAAAUCUCAGGAGGCUUAUGUGCUGUUGAAGAACAAUCAUGACCUGCAGAACUUUCUACAAAAUUGCCAGGAGCUCACUCUGUGGAUUGAUGAGAAAAUGCUCACUGCUCAAGAUAUAUCUUAUGACGAAGCACGUAAUUUGCACAGCAAAUGGUUGAAGCACCAGGCUUUUAUGGCAGAGCUUGCUUCUCACCAGGGCUGGUUAGACAAAGUAGAUGAGGAAGGGCAGCUGCUGGCGAAGAAGAAGCCCCAAUAUGCUAGUGCUGCUUCCCAGAGGCUACUGGAAUUGCAUCAGCUUUGGGAUAAACUGCAGGCAACCACAGAAGAAAAGGCUCAGCACCUGUUUGAGGUCAACCGCUCUGACCUCUAUGCACAGAGCUAUGCUGACCUUGGUGCAUGGAUCAGUGAAAUGGAGCAGCAGCUUAAAUCUGAUGUCCAGGGGAAAGAUCUCACCAGUGUCAAUAUCCUGCUGAAGAACCUGAAACGCCUGGAUGAACAAGUAAGUAUGCGGAAGAGAGAGAUGGAAGAAUUGCUGUCUCAUGCUCCUCCAGCCAGAGGAGAAAUGCAUGAAGUGGAUGGCAAGCAGGAAGUUAUUGAGAAGCGCUUCCAGGAUCUUCUGGAACCACUGAGUCAGAGGAGGAAGGAGCUAGAGAUGGCCAGGGCCAAAUACCAGUUGGACCGAGAUCUGGCAGAUGAACUGCUUUGGGUGCAGGAACGUCUCCCCCUUGCUCAGUCCACUGACCAUGGCACAGACCUCUUGUCAGUACAGUUGCUUAUGAAGAAAAACCAGACUCUGCAGAAGGAAAUUGCUGGACAUGCCCCACGCAUCGAAGAGAUCCUUUGCAGAGGGGAGACUAUGCUGGCUGGAGCAGAUGCGGAUGGAGAUUUCAGGGAUAUUGAAGAGCACCUUAAGCAGCUGAGAGACUCCUGGGGGACUUUGCGAGAGGAAGCGUCAAAAAGAUUGCAGCGUCUGGAAGAAGCAAGUGAAGCUCAGCGAUAUUACUUGGAUGCUGGGGAAGCUGAAGCCUGGAUAAGUGAGCAGGAGCUCUAUAUGGUAACAGAUGAGAAACCGAAAGAUGAAGAGAGUGGGAUUGUGAUGCUGAAGAGACACCUUCGGCAGCAGCGAUCUAUAGAAGACUAUGGAAAAAACAUCAAACAGCUGGCUGGCCGAGCUCAGCAGCUUCUCACCACUGGUCAUCCAGAAGGGGAGCAGAUCAUCCGGUUGCAGGGGCAAGUAGACAAGCAGUAUGCAGGCUUGAAGGAUCUGGCAGAGGAACGCAAACGUAAGCUGGAGCACAUGUACCAUCUCUUCCAGCUGAAGCGAGAAGUCGAUGACCUUGAGCAGUGGAUUGCAGAGAGAGAUGUAGUGGCGUCAUCCCAAGAGAUGGGGCAAGACCUCGACCACGUCACUCUGCUGCGGGAAAAGUUCCGUGACUUUGCCAGGGAAACUGGAAACAUUGGGCAGGAGCGAGUGGACAAUGUCAAUCUCAUAAUUGAGCAGCUGAUCGAUGAUGGUCACCCGGAGGCUGCCAUGAUUGCAGAAAUGAAGGACAGUCUAAAUGAGAGCUGGGCUGAUCUAUUGGAGUUGAUUGACACCAGGAUGCAGCUGUUGGCUGCCUCCUAUGACCUACACAAGUUCUUCUAUGAUGGUGGUGAGAUCAUGGUUCUCAUAGAGGAGAAGCACAAAGAGCUACCUGAGGAAUUAGGACGCGAUGUCAACACAGCAGAGUCUUUCCAUAGGGUGCAUACAGCUUUUGAACGCGAUAUCCACUUGCUGGGAGUUCAGGUUCAGCAUUUCCAAGAAGUAGCAGCUCGUUUACAAGCAGCCUAUGCUGGGGAAAAGGCAGUCAGUAUCCAGAAACAAGAGCAAGAGGUAGUGAAAGCUUGGAAGGCCUUGCUUACAGCUUGUGAGGGGCGGCGAGAUCAACUGGUUGAUACAGCAGAGAAGUUCCGUUUCUUCAGCAUGGUCCGGGACCUGAUAUUUUGGAUGGAAAAUGUGAUUCGGCAGAUUGAAACACAGGAAAAGCCCAGGGAUGUUUCAUCUGUGGAACUUCUGAUGAAAUACCACCAGGGCAUUAAAUCUGAGAUAGACACCAGAGACAAAAGCUUCACCACCUGCAUCGAUCUUGGCAAAACAUUGCUACAGCGCAAACACCAUGCUAUGGCUGAGAUUAAAGAAAAGCUGGUGCAAGUGACAGAAAAAAGGAGAGAAAUGGUGGAGAAGUGGGACAGACGCUGGGACUGGCUUCGCUUGUUGCUAGAGGUGUGUCAGUUUUCCAGAGAUGCCUCAGUAGCUGAGGCGUGGCUCAUUGCCCAGGAACCCUACCUGUCCAGUGGUGAUUAUGGACACACAGUGGAUGGUGUGGAGAAAUUACUAAAAAGACAUGAAGCCUUUGAGAAAUCCACUGCCACGUGGGAGGAACGUUUUGCAGCACUGCAGCGGCUAACCACACUUGAAUUACUAGGAAAGAGAAAAAUCCCUGAGGAGCCUUCACAGCACAAAGUAGCUAGAACCGCAGACUUGGAAUAUGACUUUGAACCAGAGACAGAACAUAAGACAGAGCCUAAAGAAGAGGGCAAGAAGGAGGCAGGGUUAAGUUUAGGAGACGCUCUUUCUCCUGCUGAAGAAGACUCAUCACUGGUGCAAGAAAAUGAGAAGCAAGCUUAUGAAACAGCCCCAGAAGAGCUACCUGAAGAAAGUCUACCGGAGACAGAGAUCAGAGUGGGCAAUCAAGAAACCACCACUAAGGAAUUGCUGUUCAAAGUGAUCCAGACCCCUCUGAGUGAGAUAGAUGAAACAACAACCCUUCCUGCACAGCUGGACAGAUCUCACAGUGUACAACUUGAGGGGUACCUUGGGAGGAAACAUGAUCUAGAGGCACCCAACAAGAGGGCUUCCAACAGGUCCUGGAAUACAUUAUACUGUGUGCUCAGGAACAGUGAACUGACCUUUUAUAAGGAUGCCAAGAGCUUGGCCUUGGGUGUGCCUUACCAUGGAGAGGAGCCUUUCCAGAUGAAGAAUGCCUUCUGUGAAGUAGCUGCUGAUUACAAGAAGAAAAAACAUGUCUUCAAGCUGAGACUCAGCAAUGGGAGUGAAUGGCUCUUCCAUGGUAAAGAUGAGGAUGAGAUGCACACCUGGCUUCAGGGCUUCAGCACAGCAAUAAUCGAAUCCCAAAGCAUUAAAACCAAGGCCCAAAGCCUUCCUCUGCCUUCCAUCACUACCAUGGAUGUGAGCCUGACCAAGAAAGACAAAGAGAAAAGAUUCAGCUUCUUUCCCAAAAAGAAAUAGCCAAACAGGUGGCUUGCUCCAGUCAGAUGCCUAUGCUCUAAAUAUGCAUAAUGAAAAAGUGCACGUGUGAGUCUCCCUGGGACACUCCUGGCCCCAAUCAACACCGUUCUCAUUGCUCCAACACAGCCCUGCUUCCCACCACAUCCCUUCCCCAUGCUCUCCAAAAAGCAUCAAGGCAGUAUUUCUGAUUACAAGCCAAGGUCCUUGCUCCAAAGCACCCAGUAUUUUCCAAAGCAGGUAACUUUGAGACGUGGAUCCUCAGAUGGCUCAUUAGAAAGACAAUUCAGCAAGGUUCUCUCUCAGUUUGUAGAUCUAGCAUCUGACAAAGAUUGGCUUCAGCAGAAAGAUGCCAUGUGUGUUACAGAGAUAUUGCCACGGAAAGAAGGGAAGCAGGGACAUAGCCAGCCCAAAAGGGAUCUGACAAGAACUGUGGAAACUUGCUGCGUGAUUUUGAAGCAGUUUUUCUCCCUGCUUGAAAAUUUGUCAUGGAUCCUACUCAAAAACCAAGAUUCUCCCCGUCUUCUGUUGAACAAGAACUAUCACUUGGAAUUUCUCCAAGGCAUCAACAAAUGGUCCCUGCUCUUUAGAAGAACACAAGCAGCAUGCCCUCAGCUGUUUCUUUUGCAACAGUUAGAAGCCAGUUUUUAGCAGGGCAGGUAUUCUCUGUAGAAUUUUGACACACGUAAGUACUCAUGCCACAAAGCACAGAACUCUCUCAUGAAAAAGGUAACACUCCACCUUCCAUGGAUGGCGACAUCCAAAAGAGCGCAUCGCCCAUAUUCAGACUUGUGCACUAAAUUCACUAGAAUGGAGACUUGUUUGAAAUAUGUGUGGAAGAGAAAGGUGAGCCAUGCUCACCUAGUAUAGAAACACCAUACAGCAAGUUAGCUGCAAAUAAGCCCCCCUGAAAACUAUGGAACAACUUGUGGGACUAACUGAAGCUCAGUUGGUUUAUAGGAGUUAGCGGCGACUACCUUUUGCUAGGCUGUGCCCCACAUUACUUAAUAAGAUUUUAAUACUGUUAUUUAUGCAGGGGUUUUCUUUAGCACAGGCCUGAAUCUGGGUGCAGUGCUUUCUCUGGAGGCUUCUGAAAACAACUCUUCUGUGCCGGCUCAGCUCUCCAGAAGCAAAUGGCUCCUCCACUGUUCCCUCUGAGAACCUGUUAUGCCUGAGCAUGGCUUUUGGUAAUUCACUGCACUGCUUGCACUUUUUUAGUGUGGCUUUUUGAGUCACUAUAAAUGCACAGUGCUAAUCCCAUUUGCUCCCUCCUGCAAAGACCUCUGCCUGUGAUGCGUGUGUGAAUGGCUAUUUAAAUAUAUAUAUAUAUAUAUGCAGGCACUUCCUACCCUGAAUUUAUGCAAGCCCUUUAUAAGGUAGGAAUUCAGUCCAAAAAGCAAACAACAGAACAGCAACUAGAACACAUUACUGAGGAGUGGAGUUAAUAGCUGAUAACAUUAAGAGGAGCCUGCAGAUUAUCUUCUCUAACACUGGCUUCUUUGUGGGGAUGGCUGCAAUGUUUUAAGGAUCUUCUAAUAUCAAACGCCCAUUGCUCAGUAGCCUUUGAGCACCCCACCCCUAGGGCUCACAGUUAUUUGUAAAAAUCCAUCAUAUUUUCUUUGUGGAUGUCAUAUACCAUAAUGAAAGUGCCUUAUCCUAGGGGCUUCCCAUCAUUAUCAUCACUCCAAGAGUGAGCACACUUUGUAGACACCAUGCACAGAUCAGUUUAGAUUAUCCUUCUACAGGAAGCAUUAAACCAUCUCCUGGCAAAAGAGAAACUCUUGGGAUACUGAGAGGGCUCUUCUUUGCCUUGCACCCACCAGCAGCUGCGAAAAGUGGGAAGGCUAUAUGCUUUAUAGAUUGUAGUGACCACGGAUCCAAGUACCAACAGCAAAACCUUGAAGCUGAGGCUUAGGACAUUUUCAGGCUGUUACUUUUUGUCGAGUCUGAAAGUCCUACACUUUUCCAGAUCUCCUGGACUGUAAUGCAUACUCCAUACGGACUGUUCUGCUACUGUGAAAGGCAUAUUUUCCCACAGUCCUACAUGUGUCUCUGAAAAGCCAGUACAGCUAAAUGGUUUUUACUGCUACAUUGUGGGUUCUGGUAACGCUACUGGAUGUUGAAGUAGGUGGGUGCAAUUAUACAUUCCGACUGCUUACCUGCCUCUCCCUCCCCUGUGCCCUUUUAAAGCAUCAUUACCGUAAAGGAAACUUUUUUUCCUGUUUAUGCUGAGAGAUUGUAUGCACAUUAAGAUGACUAUCAAGCAAUUUUGAGAAUCUGGUAUACUAUUAGGGCUACACAGCAAAUUGUGCCAUUCCUAUACAAUGGCGCAGAGUAGGGUAUUUUGUUUUUGGUGAUUACUUGUAGAAGGGAAGGUAAAAAAAGGCAAACGGGCAGUUUUACUUACCAUUACUGAAAGCCUUCUAGUGCCCUGGAACUGGCAGCUCAGACAAGCAAAUGGUGCCACACACACACACACACACACCCUCAAAGUAAAAGCAGAACCAGUAGAAUCUUGUAGCUAUAUUACAGAGAUGUGAAACAGCAUAUUGCAACAAUAGCAAAUAGAAGUGACAACAGUACUGUCCCUACACCACUGAUUUCAGUCCUCCAUUGAAAUUGGUGCAUUCAGCUCUAGUAAAGGGUUGGGCUGUUGUAUGCAUGGGCUCUGGAUGGAUGGGAAUGACUGAGAGGUAUAAGAGCAGGAUGCCCUUAGUAUUUCAAGAUUGCAGCUGGAAGUUUAGAUCACUUGAAGGGCUGCGUAGGAGCACUGCCAAAAGAGAUCUCUAGCUCCAAGUACCUUGUCUCAUAUGCUCAAUCUGGGAUCUCUUUUAUCUGUUUGCAGUAAAUAUUUUACCCGGACAGGGCAGUGCUAUUCGUUCUCGCUCUCCAGUAGUCCGUACACUCACUUUCCAAGGAGUCGUGGCGCUCUUAAUGCUCUAACCUCCCUGGCAUAAUCCAAAUCAGGGUGCUACGGAAGACUGGGGGAUUUCCCCCUACACUUUCUGUCCAUGCUUUAGAUAGGAAGGGGACACUAAAACACAUUCUGGAGUGAGUUCCGAAUAGUUUGUGCGUAUAAGAGUAGUUAAUGCAAAGAAUAAGUGUUGUGAGGCUUUAAAUUCCAUGCGGCAAACUUUAACUUGUAUGAAACCAUCUGCACAGCCAAAGAGAAAGAGGCAACAGGCAAGGAGUUGGAAGCUGGUAGCAGGGCAAUAUCACUGUGACCUGUCACGCCUGAGCUUCGUGCAUAGUAUGAUGCUGAUUUAAAAAAAAAAAAGCUAAAAUACUCUCAACUGUUUCUGCUGUGUGACCACUGCCUUGCACUGUGUGCUAUUCAGAAGUUGCUGUAUAGCUUGUGUACGUUUUCUACUUUCCUGUAGCUUUAAUCAUUUGUUUGUAGACAUCCUAUGGACUAUGCUUCAAACCUCUGUUGGCAGGUUUUGAGUACAGUUGUCUGUAUGCCACUAUGUCUCACUGCAUUGUGCUCCUAUCCCUUAGAGAACAGGAGCAAUGUUCUUAGCCUGGUAAGAACCAUUUGCUGUCUGGGGACUUAUAGCCUCACUAUGCUAGGCCCUGCUCGGUUCUUCUAUUCUUAGAAGACUUGAUUCACCUCUCGGAUCUGCAAAAAGCGACUUAAACUCUGUUAAGCUGUUCUCCCAUUAAGCUGGGCUUUCCAAGACCCUGCUGAUACCAGAGUCCAGACCUGUUCAAAAGGCAACAGCACAUCUCUAGGCCCAGAACAUGUUUGUUUCAGAAUUAUAAGGGCAAUGUGUUUUUGAAGGGAGGGGGUCAAUCAGGAAACCCGUAUCCUCCUACAGAUUCCUGGAAUUAGGAGUAAUUCUCUUAUUUUAACAGCUAAGUACCAAGUCCCACCUGCUCCAAUGUGCUUCCACUGUCCAGAGAAGAGAGCUACAGCUUCAGAAUGUGCUUCAGAAGCAAUUUAAUAACUUUUUUUUUUCUAAUAAAUGAACAAAUAAAUA